CGGCGUGACGUCACACUAGCGGUCAGCUGGGAUGCGCACGAGGAGAUGCGCAUUUCCCCACCUCGUUCCUUUCACUCCCUGACAGCGAGGUCACCUAUAAUAUAAAGGUUCUCUUUAAUCAUUGGUUUCUCCUGUAGGCGGUGUUCACACCAAGACUGACUGAAGUUAGAGGCCGAAGAGCUGGCUGUAAGACAUUCUGUCCAUCAAGUGAUCCCACUCAGCAGGUUCUAUCAUGUGUGAUCUCAGACAAGACAGCAAUUUGGAGACAGAUCACUUCGUUGAUUUUUCCCUGAUGAACAGUCGCCUGGACUCGUUCCGUGGCACCAGCCUGGCGCAGCAGGUGCCAGCAGAAAGACUGGCCCGGGCCGGCUUCUAUUUUACCGGCCAUGCCGACCGUGUCCGCUGUUUCAGCUGUCAGAAGACUGUGGAAAACUGGAGCAGGGGAGACACUCCCGUAGAGAGACACAAAGAGGUUUCUCCAUUGUGCAGGUUUCUCAGCUGCACCCACCGUACCAGUUUUAACCCGAGUUCUGAUACCACACUGACUAAUGGUUCCAUCUACAGUGAAGAAGCAGAAGAUCUGGAAUAUCGCUUGAGAACAGGGGAGGUGGUUGAUGAGUCCACCUACCCUAUGGCUCCUCACAUGAGGAGUGAGGAGGCCCGGCUUCAGACCUUCUCUUCCUGGCCAUCAACUGCACCUGUGAGACCCCAGGAUCUGGCCCAAGCCGGCCUCUACUACUUGGGGGAGAGCGACCGGGUGCAAUGUUUCUGCUGUGGGGGCAUGCUCGGUGGCUGGGAAGCAGGGGACACUGCCUGGGGAGAACAUACAAAACAUUUUCCCUAUUGCUUCUUCAUUCUCGGGCACGAUGUGGGCAACAUCCCAUUCCAGGGGGGUACAGAGGAGCAGGAGUGCAGCAGUAGACAACACGGAAACACUCACGUGCCUAUGGGCAGUUUUGAGGAGAGGCUUGGUAGUUUUGCAGGUGUCCAGCACCCUAUUGACCACGAGAGACUUGCCAGAGCUGGCUUCUACAGCACAGGGACAGGAGACAGGGUCUUGUGCUUCCACUGUGGUGGAGGUUUGAAAGGCUGGCAGCCUGAGGAAGACCCUUGGGAAGAACAUGCCAAACACUACCCUGGAUGCAGCUUCCUGUUAGCAGAAAAAGGACAAGAAUUUGUCUGCAACAUCCAACUGCAAGACCCACAACGAAAUAGAGCUACUUCAAGUCAUCAGAAUGGAUUUUCAGGAGAUAUGAAUGGGGUACUGCGGUCUGUCAUGGCUCAGAAGGCUUUAGGGAUGGGUCUAAAGCCCUGUGUGGUGGAAAAGACCAUCUUGGAGAAGAUCAGUAGGACAGGCUCAGGCUACUCCAGCCUGGAAGCACUUAUAGAGGAUUGCCUUAACUACACACCAGAGAGCGAUACUGCCAAGACAGAGAAGCAAGAUGAAGACCCACUGGAGAAACUAAUGGAGUUGCAGAGGGAAAAACAGUGUAAAAUAUGUUUGGACAGAGAUAUUUGUGUUGUCUUCAUCCCAUGUGGUCAUCUGGUCACUUGUGAGGAGUGUUCAAAGUCACUCAUCAAGUGUCCAAUCUGCUGUGGAGCCAUAUCACAGAAGCUCAAGACCUAUAUCUCUUAAGGAAAUCGCAGACUCUUGCUGAAUUUCAAUGCUGCUUUCUCACUAUCUUUAUGAUCUUGUAUUUUAAUAAUAAAUGUAGAUAGCUUGUAAGAUAUUUAAGGACCAUGUUGUCUGUAUGAGUAUGAGAAUGAAAGAACAAGUAAAUGUCAAAAGAAAACAAUAUUUUGACAAUCACUGAGAUGGUAAAUAGCUGUUAAUAUUGAGAUAAGUUUAUAAAUAGCUGAUUUUGAUUUCCAUGAAUGAGUACUGACACCUGUAAAUACACAGUAAAAGAUAAUUCCCAUUUUGCAGCCAAAGGUGCCUUUCUAUAGGUUUAUGUACUUCUGUCUUGUUUUGUUUAUUUAUUUUGGACAUUUAGCACAAUUGAACUGGACGUGGGAUAUAAUAUCAGUUUUAUUUCAGUUUCAUAACCUUAUGUGCCCUGCUCUUUUAUUUUGUCUGGUGUACUAAAUGUUUCACACUCUAUGUUUGCUGCUCUGUAUGGACAUUUAUAAUGGUAGAUUAGUAAAUCCAUUAAGACUUUACUUUGUAUCUGACAAAAUCAACUCUAGUUGAGAGCCUGCAAUUAAUCAGUGUGGUGUGAAAUUAUUUUUCCAUUCCAUCAUGCAAUCUGUUCUGUCAUUAAGAGUGAAUAAAUUUUAAUUUUUGGACUUGA